AUUUUGUCAAUUUCCAGAAAAACAUUUGAUAUUUUGGCAAAAAUAAAAAAUUGCAUCUGACAAUCUUGAUUUAGAAGACAGAAGGCCAACAUAGUCUCUCUAAUCUGUGGUUCAAAUUAUACCUUGUCAUUAUAAACAAAUAUUAUUCUGCUAAUAAGAAACCAAAAAUUAUAUAAAAAAUUGGUGAAAACAAGCUUUUUUCGCGAGUUUUUCUUUGUAUUUUAUAGUAAGAACUUUUUCCGUUUUCUAAACAAUGGAAACUCAAACUUGUCUGUUUUUGGGAAUAAAAGUAAAACCUGGACCAAUAGAACGCAUUAAAUUGGAGAAUUUUGGUCUAGAUAAUACUGUGGUACAUUUAAAAACAGAAGCAGAAAAGAAAGCUAAUAUACCAUCUGCAUCUCUUGAAUUAAUACAUCAUGGAAAAAUACUCAAAGAUGAUGUCACUCUUCAAGAUAGUGGUGUGAAAAAUGGGGAAAUGAUUCAUGUUGUAAAGAAGAAGGUUCCGUCAAGCUUGCUUCCUCCUCCAACAUUCACCGAUUCUGAAAUACAUCAGUUGAAUACAUCAUUGAGGACUUUGGGAUGCACUCCUAAUGCACCUGGCUGGACUAGAGCUAUGCAGUUGCUUAAUGAUGAGUCUGCAAUGGCCGAAAUUAUGGAGCAAGCACCAUCUCUAGCAGAAGACUGUGUCAUGUUAUCCAUUUUACAUGAAGUUGAACUGUUAGCAGCAUUAGGUGCAAAUGAACAGACUAUGCGAAGAGGUGCAAAUGCCCAUCCAGAACUCCCAGCUGCUUUACGCCACCUGACACGUCUUGUACGAGCACGCUCUAGUACAGCAUCGACUAACGACAAUGUGCCAACAUCUGGUUUUGCAUAUUCUCUAGAGGCUUUGUCUGAAGAUGAAGAUGGAGAUGAGGAUGACAAUGAAGAAAGCGAGAGGAAUCCAAUUACACAGGAACAGUUAGCAGCUGCUUUACAGGCCGCUACAGAGGCAGUAUCAUCAUCAACCAGCAGAGGUAGUGGUCAAGAGAGCCUGUUACGGCUGCUCCAAGCUGCAGAUCAAUCUACUCGCAGUACUUCGUCUGGUACGGAGACGGGCACACCAACCGCUUCAGGCACAAGCCGUUCCGUAAUAACACCUGAAAUGUUUAGAGAUGCUAUUUCGGAAGCGAUUGCUUCCAACAGAGGAAGCAGCACUAGAGAAUCUGCGGACACACCGAUGGAACAAAGCACUGCAGCCUCGUCAUCCCAAAGUCCUGUAGCACGAGACGAAGACUUUGUAGCUCAGUUACAACAUAUGCAUGAAAUGGGGCUGUUAGAUGAUGCCCUCAAUGUUCGCGCUUUACUUAUUUGUUCAGGUGAUGUAAAUGCUGCAAUAAAUUUAGUAUUUAGUGGGGCGAUCGGAGAUGAUUAAUUUAUGCGUAUAUGUAAUCUAGAUGAAAUCAUAUACAUAUUAUAUAAAUGACAAGAGCCAUUGCAAAUGCGAGAUGAAGAUAUACAUCUCUCAUACAAGUAUCGUACAGAAAAAAAGGACUAUCUUAUUGAUCUGGAUUGUUACAUAUUAAAACGAUGUAUUUGGUCAA